CAGCAGCCAGCCGUGGCCGGGCCUGGGCCGGUCCACCGGAGAAGGUUCUGAUCGUUCCCAGAUACGAUCCCGGGGUCGCACCGACCAUGCUACGGCUACUGUCGGUGGCGAGCUUGUUCCUGCUGGCCAGCGCAGUGAGGCGAGGCGUGCUGGACUUCGGCUACGAGCCCUGCGAGGGGAGAUACGUCGGCAAUGGCUACUAUAACCUGGCCGGCGAGAGGUCGUACAACCGUCAGGUGGAGCUGGUCUGUGACUUCAGGAGAUCCAGGAGCUACGAUAGAGUGACGGAUAUCGCCUGGAUAAAGCUGGAUGACUACGGCACCUGCCGGAGAGCAGAGGCCAUCAGAGGAAGGCCCACUGUCAUCUCACGUCGUGACAAGUCGGUCCUCACCAUCCCACUUCACGACACCAGAGACCACGGCGUCUACCGCUGCUUCGGCACUGUUCGCUCCGGUUACAACAGGAUCGACCGGCGGGUCGUCUAUAUGGACGUGCCCUUCCUGCCCAGGAGCUACAGAUACGCGCCAGACUUCUAUUGAACGCUACUGUGCAAGAUCAUUAUUUUCUCCAAUAACGCUGAAAACAUGGAAAAUGCAAAUAAACUGAUUACCGAU